GGUUCCGGGUCGGGUCUUGCAGGAUGUCGUGGGGGGAGGGGUGGAGAUGCCUCCGCUGAUGCCCCAGGGAUCCUGGUCCUUCCCGGCUGCCCCUGUCGCCGGCCUCUGUCUGGCGGGAGGGACUGGCCCUGUGUCCGGCCUGGGUUGCCCCAGAGGAAUCAGAGACCCAGCAUAAACUGUGGCCCCGCCUCCCUUUUCUGUGCCAGCAGGACUUGGAGCAAGGGACACUUAAGUCCUGGCUUCCCUCUGCCAUAUGGGGAGGGGGUGUUCCACCUGGAUGGACAGUAUGACCUGAGGCUCUAGGGUUCCAGUUUCACUUUCUGAAUCUUGAGGUGCCUCUGGCUUUGAGGGGACUACGAUGGAAGCACAAAAGGAGAGCUGUUCCCCUUUGGAUCAGCCAAGGAAUUGAGGUCACAGUAACGGCCCUUCUUUCUCUUUGGGCUGCAUUUGGAGUCCUGGUCAGCUGAGUGUGCAAACAGGGAUUUCUGCAGCUGUCAGCAUCGUCCAUGGGCUUUCCAGGUCACACAACCUACAAGUAGGGAGCAGGGACAGAGAGAGAGAGCCUGCAUGCCAAUUCUAAGCUCUUCAGGAUCAAAAAUGGCAGCCUGUGGAGGCACCUGCAAGAACAAAGUGACUGUCUCCAAGCCUGUGUGGGACUUCCUAAGUAAGGAGACCCCAGCCCGGCUGGCCCGGCUUCGGGAGGAGCACCGUGUGUCCAUCCUCAUAGACGGCGAGACUUCUGACAUCUAUGUUCUCCAGCUUUCCCCACAGGGCCCGCCCCCGGCCCCUCCCAAUGGGCUCUACCUGGCCCGGAAGGCUCUCAAGGGGCUGCUAAAGGAGGCAGAGAAAGAGCUAAAGAAAGCUCAGAGGCAGGGGGAGCUUAUGGGCUGCCUGGCUUUGGGGGGUGGAGGGGAACACCCUGAGCUGCACCGCCCAGGCCCACCCCCUCUCCGAGCAGCCCCACUCCUGCCCCCAGGGGCCCGCGGGCUUCCCCCACCUCCUCCUCCCCUGCCCCCGCCUCUUCCUCCCCGCCUUCGGGAGGAGGCAGAAGAGCAGGAGAGCACCUGCCCCAUCUGUCUCGGGGAGAUCCAGAACGCCAAGACAUUGGAGAAGUGCCGGCACUCAUUCUGCGAGGGCUGCAUCACCCGGGCCCUGCAAGUGAAAAAGGCCUGCCCCAUGUGUGGCCGCUUCUACGGGCAGCUGGUGGGCAACCAGCCCCAGAAUGGGCGGAUGCUGGUCUCUAAGGAUGCCACACUCCUGCUACCCAGCUAUGAGAAGUAUGGCACCAUCGUCAUCCAGUACGUCUUCCCGCCCGGUGUCCAGGGGGCUGAACAUCCAAACCCAGGAGUUCGGUACCCUGGCACCACACGGGUGGCCUACCUCCCGGACUGCCCCGAGGGCAACAAGGUGCUGACCCUGUUCCGCAAGGCGUUUGACCAGCGCCUCACCUUCACUAUCGGCACGUCCAUGACCACAGGGAGACCGAAUGUCAUCACCUGGAACGACAUCCACCACAAGACCAGCUGCACAGGGGGACCCCAGCUGUUUGGGUACCCAGACCCUACCUACCUGACCCGGGUGCAAGAGGAGCUGAGAGCCAAGGGCAUCACCGAUGACUGAAAGACAUCCCCUGUUUGAGGCCCCUGCCGUUCUCCAGUAGGACCCAACGGAAGCCUCUGCUCUCUCUCUCCCUCUGCCCCCCACACCACUCGAGUAGGGGACGAGUAGGGGACUGUCUACUGGGGAAGGAGUUCAGACAGGGAGGGGUGAUCCCUUCCCUAGUCCCCCGCAGGCUGAGUGCUUCAGUGCAGUGUGAGCCACUCCCUUCUGGCAGAGGCUUAUGUCCCAGGCUCUGCUCCCCUCCUCCCUGUGUACAUACUCCCAGUCUCCCCGCCCCCUCCAUUGCCCUUGGCUUUUUCUGGUAUGUGCUGUGCUCCAGUGACUAAGCUGAGAAAGGACCUGGGUGGGGAGGGGAGGGUCUCUUGAACCCCCCACCCUCACAUACUGCCCCACUGUAGAACUUCCGUGCGGAGGGAGGGGGAAUCCGGCUGCUGGGAGCCCCCUUGGAGCCGGCCGCGUGUGUUCUUCCGAAACAAUUCGCCUUCUACCUUAACCUUGCCCUUCCUCUCCUGUGUCUCUGUCAGUCUUUCUCCCGCUCUUCUCUGCCCCCUAUAAGGAGCCUCCUUACCCUGUUCUGGAAUCGCCGCCAGACUGUAGCUUUUAAUUUAAUAAAAAUAAAGUAAAAUAUGCAACUCUC